AACGCGAAUUAAAUUUUAUAAACAACCGUGACCUACUAUUACAUCUUUUAGUUUAUUGGUUAUUAUGGAAUUAUAAUAAUAUUAUACUAAAAUAUUGCCUCAAAUUAUCCACUAUGAGCUCGUCCGUGCAGCUCGCAUCGUUUUGUCGUCUUUGUUUGUCGGUAAUCAAAGAUAAGGUGCCAGUUUUCACCAAUGGAAACAUUCUGGAAAAUCUGUUGCAUUUGAUUGAGAUCCAGAUUAAUCCGGAUGAUGAACCAGGUGCAGUCGUGUGCCUUGAUUGCGUUGUAACUUUGGAGGGAUUCCAACAGUUCAAAGAGCAGUGUCAUAUAAACGAUGAGUUCGUUAAGACUAUUUCGCCCAAGCUUCCGUGUUCCGCCUCGUCAGCCGAGGUGCCGGUGGGAGAGGAGGAAGAGGAUCGAGAAGAUUUGUUGGAAGUGGAGGAGCUCGAAGAAGAAGAUCGCUUGGAACUCAGCGAAGCCGAAGAGGUAUUUCAAAAUAUACCGCAACAGUCAGCAAAAUCCAAUAAAAAUAAGACUACCGCAAAAAGUCUCAAGAAGGUUCCUGAUCUGCAACGUGCAAAACUAUCUAUUGCGAUGGCUUCUACAAGCAAACAGCAGGAAAAGCAUAAAGAAUCACCUAAAAAUCCUUCCAUUGACGAUUUACAAGUUUUGGCAGAGUCAUAUCCGGAUGACUUUUACUUCGAGAAGGGUCCUCGCUCAAUUUACUACACGAUGGUGUUUCACGGAGAACGUUACAAUUCCGCGCUUUUCACCGAACACAGUACCUACUGGCAGUGCAUUCAUCGAAGAAAAUAUCAAUGCCCGGCUCAAGUUUGGGUGAAAAAUAAUGAUUAUAAGACAUUUGAGCAACUGCACAAACACACUCAUGGUCAACUUCCCGAGAAAGAGGGACAAGCUUUUACGCCAUAUGAAGCCCUUCCGCAAAUAUUCCAGAUGUGUAAGAAGAUUGUCUUACAGAAACGAAGAGAAAGCGUGAGAAAGGCGGCAAGCUUCGAAGAUAAAUUUCAGCAGUUCGCUGCAAAACUAUUGGAGAAAGAGGAAGACGAAUCUGAAUCACCACUAACUGUAGAUGAUUCUGAUUCAGAUGAAGAAGCUGAGGUUGUUAGCAGAUUACGACCAAAACGGAAAUUAAAAUCAAACGAUCGCUAUGUCGGUAGAGAAAAUCAGUCAACGAAGCGAUUCCUUGAUCCAGAAACGAAUCCGAAAAAGCAAGCAAUUCAACAACGUGAACCAAAACGGCUACAAUCAGGUGGUAGGUCAAAAAAGAGAGUAGUGGAGUUGCGUCAAUGUAAAAAACGUGAACAGAAAAUUCAGGAAACAGAUGAAGAUGAGCUGGAAGACGAUACCAUUGUAGAAGAAGAUUUGGAUCUGGACAAAAUCGAGGAAGAAUGCAAAGCACUUAAAAUCCGGAAACGGGCACCGCUAGGUCCCUCGCUAGAUGAACAACUUGUAUUGGCCGACUCGUACCCAGACUACUUCUUCUUUGAGAAAGCUCCUCGGUCCGUGUACUUUACCUUGGUGUACUACGGUGAACGAUUCCACUCGGCCUUGUUUACGGAAUAUUAUACCUACUGGCAGUGUCGACAUCGCCGGAAGUACAAAUGCCCGGCCCAAGUGCGCGUGACAAACGAUUACAAAACGUUCGAACGGCGAUACGAGCACAAUCACCCGUAUCUUACGGUCAAAGAAGGGCAACCGUUCACCCCGAUGGAGGCCCUCCCGGAGCUAUUCGAGGGCUGUCGAAAGGUGGUUCUCAAGAAUCGGGCGAAGUUGCGGAAGAAGUUGUUGGAGAAGCAUAAGUUUUUGCAAACAGUCAACCUCAACAGUUCGGCGGAACAGCAAGUUUCCAAUACCGAAAGCAAAGAGGAAGUUGUUGAAGUAGUACAAGACGAUAAUGAAGAGGAAGUUAAUGGUGAAUACGUCGAAGAGCUGAUCGAGGCAAAAUCACCACUAACAGUAGAUGAUUCAGAUUCAGAUGAAGAAGCUGAGGCAACCACGCGCUAUGCCAAUGAAGAAAAUCGAUCACUUGAACCAGAAGCUAUAGAAAUAAAUGGAUCAAAAAUGCGAGAAGUAGAUAAGCGCGAAUAUAAAAUGCGUGAACAGGAAAUUCAAGAAAUGGAUGAAGAUGAGCUGGCAGACAAUGCCAUUGUAGAAGAAUAUUUGGAUCUGGACAAAAUCGAGGAAGAAUGCAAAACCCUCAAAAUUCGGAAACGGGCACCGCUCGGUCCCUCGCUAGAUGAACAACUUGUAUUGGCCGACUCGUAUCCUGACUACUUCUUCUUUGAGAAAUUUCCUCGUUCCAUGUACUUCUCCUUGGUGUACUACGGUGAAAGGUACCAUUCGGCCGUUUUUACGGAAUAUUAUACCUACUGGCAGUGUCGACAGCCACGGAGGUACAAAUGUCCGGCCCAAGUACGUGUGACAAACGAUUAUAAAACGUUCGAACGACGAUACGAGCACAAUCAUCCGGAUGUUCCGGUCAAAGAAGGAGAAGCGUUCACUCCGAUGGAGGCCCUCCCGAAGCUAUUCGAGGUUUGUCGAAAGAUGGUUCUUAAGUAUCGAGCGAAGCGACGGAAAAAGGUGUUGGAGAAGCAUAAGUUUUUGCAAACGGCCGAACAGCAAGAUUCCAAUACAAAAAGCAUAGAAGAAGUAAUUGUAGCAGUAAAAGGCGAUGAUGAAUAUGAUGUUUAUGGUGAAUACGUUGAAGAGCUGAUCGAGGAGGUGGUUGAGGAUUCAAGUUAAGCUGUGUAGGGUUAUCUAUUUUCAGCAAUAUUGUUCAUUGUAACUUUAAGUGAAUUCUCAUAAAAGUGCAAAAAAGUGUGAUACAAGCGCACGUUUCCGUCAAAUGGUCUUGGUGUCUUCGGUUCACUUAUUUCUUGCUCCAGAAUAGGGUAGAGGAAGUCUUCCCCUAUCCAAUGGUGAUGUUGAUUUGCGUGGGCAUAUACCUUGACCUUUUAGAAAUCAUCUAAAGAAGUAAUUGUUUACAAAAGCUGCUACACCCUAAUUCCAGCUCUAUCAAGAAUUGCACCAAAGAAAAAUAUGAUGCAUGCUCGAUCCAGGCCAGAAUGAAACAUUCCAGAAUGCACAUACCACAGACAAACAGACAUAAUACUCGCAAGUUGUUCAUCGAAAAAGCAUUUAACGGUCAAUUUAAAAGUAUCGUAGUUGAUAGCACCACCACCUGUGGCGCGAAUAGUCAUUUCCCUUGCGUUUGACGUUUACACACUAUCGCCAUCUGUUCAGUGUACCACCCACCACAAUGUACUCAACACAUGGCGGUAAUGUUUUAGCGACGAUGUUUUACAUUGAGAAAUAUUCAAUGUGUUAUGUCUGUUUGUCUGUGUACCUACCAUUCCCCAGAAAACAAAAUUCCCGCGCACCAAAUUUUGAAAUCAAGUUCCAGCAAAAUGAUUUGCAAACAUGCUCAUUUUACUGGAAGCUCAGUCCAUUCUAUGCGCACGAGUGUUGAUGGUCUGAAAGUGAGGAUAACAAUAACAAACCAAAAAUUUAGGCUGAUGCGAAAGUGAGGAAUUUUGGCUCUUUAGUUAGGAUAACCAGAGUCCCGCCAAGAGAAAAGGUUGCGAACAAUCAGCACUGUUUGUGAGUUAUUUUUAGGAAACCAGAUUUUUUGCGUUAGUAUCGGAUGACUUUCAAUCAGAAAUGAAAAAUUUGCUGUCGAUAACGGACGACGGGUUUCUACCAAGCUUGUAAGGUGAUCGGUAAUCAAAAACUACCACAAAUUAUUAAAAUAUUUAGUGAAUUUUCUCAGUAAUUUCAAUGUAAUAAAAAUAAUUGUGGGUAAUUUAUGGGUAAUUUCAGUAAGUCCUACUGCUUG